UGUGUGUGUGUGUGCAAUUUUGAGGGAAAAAAAAAAGAAAGAAUCUCAUUUUUGGAAAUCAAUUCAUUUGCUCUCUUCGAAAAUGUCGAAAUCUCCAUGGGGAAAUAUCGGCGCUUGGGCCGCCGAAGCCGAAAGGGCGGAAGCGGAGGAAAAGGAACAAGCCGCUGCCGAAGCAGCUGCUGCUGCUGCGGCUGCGCGUCCCGGCGGCGCCGGCAAUAACACCCAGAGUUUCCCUAGCCUUAAAGAAGCCGUCAACACGAAGCAGAAGAAGAAAACCAAAAUGAGCUUGCAAGAGUUCACGAUGCAGAGCAGCUAUGCCCAUACCGGAGGCUCCGGCUCCGGAUCUACUAGCCGUUUAACUCCAGAGGAGAUGCUCCGCCUUCCUACCGGCCCGAAGGAACGAUCCGCGGAAGAAAUGCAAUAUGGUCGGCUAGGUGGUGGGUUUUCUAACUAUGGGUCCCGUAGUAUGGGCCCACCGCCGGGUCGAGGCCGAGAUCGUGAGGGUGAUGGUGACGGUUCGUGGGGUAGCAAUCGGAGGUCGUAUGGUGGAUUUGAUGAUGAUCGAAGGGGCCCACCAUCUAGGGGUUCCGAGUUUGAUCAACCGUCUAGAGCUGAUGAGGCGGAUAAUUGGGGUUCAAUGAAGAAAUCAUUACCCAUGCAAUCAAUGGAUUCCCGUUCGAAUCGGUACGGUUCUCUUGGAACCGGAGGAGGUGGAAUAUCUAGGGCUGACGGGGAUGACAAUUGGGGUUCUUCCAAAAUGACCAAUGCUGCCCCACCACCACCACCACAAGGGAGCAGAUCUUGGUUCCCUGAUUCGAGGCCUGAACCAGAGCGUUGGUUUCGUGAGGUGAAUCACGAAAGGCAGAGAUUGGUUCUGGAUCCGCCAAAGGUGGAGAUGGGAAAUGAAAAUGUGAACGAGAUUGUGGUGAAAGUGAACAAGCCUAAUCCAUUUGGGGCUGCAAGGCCACGGGAGGAGGUAUUGGCGGAGAAGGGAUUGGACUGGAAAAAACUGGAUAAGGAAAUUGAGGUGAAGAAGGCAAUUGGAAGUAGGCCAACGAGCUCGCAAUCAAGUAGGCCUGGGAGUUCACACUCGGCCCGUUCUGAAGGCACAGCAUUGCAGGGUGGAAUGGUUGAAGGUGUUGGAGUUAAACCUAAGCCAAAGGUUAAUCCUUUUGGAGAUGCAAAACCUAGGGAAGUUUUGCUUGAAGAAAAAGGUUUAGAUUGGAGAAAGAUUGAUUUGGAUUUGGAGCAUCGACGUGUUGACAGACCAGACACAGAGGAGGAAAAGAAUCUGAAAGAAGAAAUAGAGCAUCUCAGAAAGGAAGCUACACAGUGCUCGGAGGAGGACAAGACUAAUUUACAGAAUGUGAUUAAUCAGAAAGAGAGGGACUUGGAACUGCUGAUUCGUGAUUUGGAUGACAAAAUUCGUUUCAGUCAGAAACCCCUCCAAAGGCCAGGCUCUGGGUCAGGCAGGGGUGCUGGACAUCCUGAUAGGAGCCUUUCUCAGCCAGCAUCUUAUGAGGAUCGUAGAGCUGGUGAUCAGAUGGACAGGCCUAGAUCACGCAGUGGAGGAGAUGCAUGGGCAAGGCCAAGUGACCAAAUGGAGAGACCUCGAUCACGUGGUGGUGUAGAUGCAUGGGCCAGGUCAAAUGAACAUGUGGAGAGGCCUCAAUCACGCGGGGGUGGAGAUGCAUGGACAAGGCCAGGUGAUGAGAGAAGAUCUUUCCAAGGAGGUAGAGGAGGAUAUUUUGGCAGCCGGGACUCUGAUAGGACAAGAUCCGGGGACAGAUGGUGAUCUUCAAGUACUGUGGAUUCUUUGGCUUCUCUCGCCUGCUUUUUUCGUCCUCUGACAAAUUAGAACAGAAAUAAUAUAUUUCGACUUCCAUCUUUUUUGGCUUUUAGUUUUGCUGCAAGGCUGAUGCUAGGAUUACUGAAUGGAUACGUGCAUUUUUGCAGUGGUUAAUUGUCUCGUCUUGAAGUUGUGUAAAAGUGCAUUUUUCCUCCAAUUCUCUUUGGAGGCAGGUUACCUUUUUUUUUUAAUUGCUUCAAACGACUAAUGUAAUGUGCAAUUGUGAUCAUACUUUGGGUUCUCUUUUUUUAUCUUUAUCCUUUUAGUUAGGGAGAUUCCUUUUAAAAA